AUGGCAACUCAGGACGCCGGAAUUCCGAAUUUUGACGAGGAGGGCAGCUCUAUUCUGGCCAAUGUCACGCGAGCGAAGCUCGCUGGCGUUGAGAGCUCAGAAUCCGAGCCGAUCUCCACACAACAAAUCGUUCCGCGGCUGAAGCGCGAAAGCCCCGACUGUGAUAAGGUCAAACCGGAGCCCAAGUGCAUAAGGCACAUCGAUUUCGACGUUACUAAAGGCAAGAUUGUCAAACUCAAGGUCUCACACGAGUCUCUCCAAAAGUCCCAACCAAACAGUCUACCAAAAACAACACCAAAAUAUGCACCCUUGGUUCCGUACGAAGAAUUUGACCAGCACAUCUACUACUGGUCCAGCUAUCAGCACGAUCAUCCGGUCAUUGCCAAAUUUCUCGCCGUUUCUGCCACCGAAAAGAUCAAACAUCCUCCACUCCCGGGUAAAGACGUCGCUAUACGCAGUCCCGCUCCGCAGAUCUAUGUACACUUUCUUCCGCACUUCUUUGCCAAUGGCGCUCAUGCUGUCAGUUUGCAGAAGGGCCUAGGCAUGUUUACAGCCUGCUCACACCUUAUCACGCCAUGCUCAGAGUACUACAGCAAGUGGGACUGGGAGGAGGAUAUGCGCGAAUUCGACCAUGUGUACCGCAAGGAAGAUGCCCACAGAGGCCACAAGUUUAUAUGGGAACAACUCCAGCAGGCGUGGGAGGCGCAGAUCAAGGGAAGGCCUGUGAAGGUCGGAUACAAGAGGCAUUACAACCUUGAAAAGAAGCCACACUGGAGGCGCAAGUCCUAG